AUGGAUAAUGAAGCAGCAGCAGCAGCAGCAGCAGCAGCAGCAGCAGCAGCAGCAAUAGAGCGACUGGACCUCCCAUACACCCCAUACGCCCCGCCAGGCGCAGCAGUAUCUUUGCCUCUCCCUCUGCCCCCAACCCCGCGGUGUGUGAAGAGGGGGCCCCCCCCUGCAUCUCGACGCCCGGAGCAGCAGGGGCCCCCCUCUGGGGGCCCCCUCGCCCCGCCAGGCGCAGCAGUAUCUUUGCCUCUCCCUCUGCCCCCAACCCCGCGGUGUGUGAAGAGGGGCCCCCCCCCUGCAUCUCGACGCCCUGAGCAGCAGGGGCCCCCCUCUGGGGGCCCCCUAGGGGGCCCCCACCAGGGGGCCCCCCACAGGGGCCCCCCAAGGGCCCGCUCUGUACCCCUAGCGGUGUCUAGCCUGAAAGAAUACACCAGGAGGAGCCUCUGCGACCCCCAUACACCCCGGGGCCCCACCGAGGGGGGCCCCCUCUAUACAGCCACCCGGGGGGCCCCCCUCUCCACAGUACCUGCAGGGACUCGGCUGCGACGGGGUGCACGUACACCCCAGCACCAACAGCAGCAGCAGCAGCAGCAGCAGCAGCAGCAGCACAUGUCUACCCGCCGGAUCUCCUCCAGCCCAGUGGGGGCCUCCCCGUGUACUGGGGCCCCCAGAGGGGUAUCUAGGGGGGCCCCCCUGGGGGCCCCCCAGGGGGGCCCCCCUGCUCUCUGCAGCGUGGCUGCUCUGGCUGAGGCCCUAGAGAGGAACCAGGCAGAGCUGGCGCAGCUUAAUUUAAAUCUAAGAGGGAAAGUUAUGGAGAGGGGGGCCCCCCCUGCUCACCGCGAGGAGGAGGGGGGCCCCCCAAAAGGGUACAGGGCGACUAGGGGGGCCCCCAGUGGUGAGGGGCCCCCCAGCAGCAGCACUAAAACAAACCCGUUUUCAGGGGGGCCCACAUCAACUCCUACAACAGCAGCAACAGCAGCAGCAGCAGCUGCUGCUGCUGCUUCUCGCCGCAGCAGAACAGGCAGCAGGGGCCCCCCCCCUCAAACGACAAGUACAAGGGGGGGCCCCUCCCCUUCUCGCGGUGUGUCGAGAGGGGGGGCCCCAAGCAGCAAGGGGACCCCCUUGGGGGCCCCCAGGGGCGGGGGCCCCCAAGGGGGGGCCCCCCAUGGGGGCCCCCAUGGGGGCCCCCAGGGGGGCCCCCAUGGGGGGGCCCCUGAAGAGAUAAGCGAAGGAGAAAGGGUACGGUUUAUGGUGGCGCUAGAAGAGGUGGAGAGACAGUUCAUUGAGGGUUUAGAUCGAGCUGAGUAG